CAUGUGAUUGCCAUGAAAAUGGGACCCUCGUAUCAUCCUCGACUCCAAGCAACUCUCCUUUGCCGCCCUGUAACCAUAUUGGCCAGUGUGCUUGUCGCUCAAACGUGAUUGGCUUAAAAUGCGACCAAUGCAAAGAGAACCACUGGAACAUCAACUCUCGGCUUGGUUGUGAAUCGUGUAAUUGUGACCAAUCUGGAGCGUACAAUGACAGCUGUGAGUUACAUUCGGGACAGUGUGUUUGUAAACCCGGCGUAGGAGGAAGACGAUGCGACCAAUGUUUGCCGGAUCACUAUCAGUUCUCUCCAGAUGGAUGCAAAG